CCGCCCUGCCCAUAAAGAGGCAUUAGUGGGCUCAUACACUUCUUUAGCUGCUCAGCCAUCGACUUUAGAUGUUCUCCUUGGCUGGACUUGGACAGAAGAGCUGAACGUGAAUAUGGGAAAGAGAGAAGAUUUGCUCAGAGGAGGGGUUUGAGCAUGACAGGAGGACCAGGCUGCAACCCUGAAGGUGCCUGCACUCACCCGGGCAGUUUUGACUUUGUUCCUGCCUGUGGCCCCCAAGAUCUGCAAGACACUCAGCACCGUGCCAGGCAGCAGAGCUCACCCACAGUUGCCAGAAAAUUAUGCCCAAGCCGAUCAGCAUUGAAUGACUUGGAACGAGCUGCUGUCUCCUCCUGAAGACGCAGACCCUUCAGCACUGUGCAUACGAACGGCAGCAGUUUCAUCGAGAGCAAUUUUUCCUGUCAGAAGUGUUUGGUUUGCCAUGGAGUGGAUGUACUGCACAAAAGAAUGGAGAUCCUGGAAUACGAUGAUGUCCUUUAAAAACAUCAUGCACACUCAAGGCUGAGGAAAUUUCUCUGUGUCAGCCUGGCGAGGGACAUCCUGCAGCCUGAAGGAACUAAAUUCCAGAAGGAAAAAACGGCACUUCCCAGACGCUUUGAACUUCACUGCUAGGACAGCGAGUUGACCUGUUGCAGCUUUCCUGAAAGGGAUAGAAGAUGAUACCUGGAUAUUGCUGCAGACAUACGCCAUUGGAAGAAGGCUACAAAAAUCCAGGCCAAGACUUAAGUCCCACACUGAAGAUACACUUGGGAAGAAGAAAAGACAGAAAAUUUUGUGCUGGACCUCUAAAUGAAGGAAAGUGCAUAGGAAUGGGAUCGAUUCAACCCCUACUGCAGAGAGGAGGAGAAAAAGCUAGCAGAUGUCCUACAAAUGUCAUUGACAAGCAAGGAGGAGCAAGGAUUGCUCCCCUGGGCCAUUGUAGUUCUCGCAGCAAAGAGCAGCACUCAUGGGGAGGAGAAGAGCGGCGGAUGGAGAUUCCUGAUGCUGUAGUAGGACCAGAUCUGCCUCUCUCCUUAAGGACCAAGGAUAUCUGCCCUGUGAGCCUACUCAGCAAGAGUCCCUGCACUCUCCUCGGUAUGUGGCACCGCUUUGUCUUGCCACCCUUUCUACUUCCCAUCCCUGCUUUGACUCUGCCCCACCUCCCCUGGACCCAUUUCCCUUCUGGAAAAAUCCAUACAUUUAUUUCCAAUUACAAACCACACCACAUAACACAAACAUAAUUGCUUAAAAGUUGUUCCACAUUUGAUUCACAUGCAUUAUGCAUCCUGUAAAUUAUGUACGACCUCCUCUCUUUUUCUUUUUCUUUUUUCGUGUGUGAGGAGUAUUACUGUAGUCCCCUCUCUUGCUCUAAGGAUAGUUUUUACAGUUAGAAUCAAAACCUAAUUCAUUUACAAUACCUGUCUCCUGAGGAUCACAACAUAAUGACACUGGAACAGGAAAAAGACUACGCAGGGUUUUCACUUCAAUCACAGCUGUUCUAUAAAGAAAAGAAACUUACAGAAACCACCAAGAGAGAUGGUGAUUUAUAUCCAGUAGGAUACAAUCUAGCCGAAGAUGACUUUCUUGCUUAAACAAGGAGGGAAAAAAUGAACUCAUAUGUAUGAUGUAAAUAGACUUAACCAUGGGUGGCUGUGGUUUACUAUAAAUAUUCAAUUCAUUAUGGCUGCGGAGACGUACAGCUCCUACUGCGUGCUGGUGCUCUUGCCUGUAUCUGUCACUUGUUCAUGUUUGCCAUAAGCCAGAACCUUCUUUAUU